GGGAAGGCGGGGGCGGGGAAGCGAUGGUCGCAAGAUGGCGGCGCUGAAGGAGGAUCGGAGCUACGGGCUGUCUUGCGGGCGGGUGAGCGACGGCAGCAAGGUGUCCGUGUUCCACGUGAAGCUCACCGACAGUGCCCUGAGGGCCUUCGAGAGCUACCGCGCCAGCCAGGAUUCUGUUUCUCUGAGACCUUCAAUCCGAUUUCAAGGAAGUCAAGGGCACAUCUCCAUCCCCCAGCCUGACUGCCCCACGGAGGCACGGACAUUCUCCUUCUACCUCUCCAACAUCGGCCGUGACAGCCCCCAGGGCAGCUUCGACUGCAUCCAGCAGUACGUCUCCAGCCAUGGGGAUGUCCACUUGGACUGCCUGGGCAGCAUCCAGGACAAAAUCACAGUGUGUGCCACCGACGACUCCUACCAGAAAGCACGGCAGAGCCUGGCACAGGCUGAGGAGGAGACACGGAGUCGAGGCGCCAUCGUCAUCAAGGCUGGAGGCCGUUACCUGGGCAAGAAGGUUCAAUUUCGGAAACCAGCCCCAGGGGCAGUGGAUGCUGUGCCCUCCCGGAAGCGGGCAACCCCUAUCAACUUGGCAAGUGCCAUCAAGAAGACCGGUGUCAGCAGCAUUAGUGGAGGCAGUGGGGUAUCUCAGAGGCCCUUUCGUGACCGGGUUCUGCACCUCCUGGCGCUGAGGCCCUAUCGGAAGGCUGAGCUGCUACUGAGGCUGCAGAAGGACGGCCUGGUGCAGGCGGACAAGGACGCGUUGGACGGCCUCCUCCAGCAGGUGGCUAAUGUGAAUGCCAAGGAUGGCACGUGCACACUGAAGGACUGUGUGUACAAGGAUGUGCAGAAGGACUGGCCUGGCUACUCAGAGGGGGACCAGCAGUUGCUGAAGCGGUUGCUCAUCCGGAAGCUGUGCCAGCCACAGAGCACAGGCAGCCUCCCUGGAGACCUUGCUGCCAGCAGCCCUCCAGGCGAGCAUGGGAGCUCAGCCUCACCCCCUCAGAAACGUCCGCAGCCUCCUGAUUUCAUCGACCCUCUGGCUAACAAGAAACCCAGGGUAUCACACUUCACCCAGAGACCUCAGCCUGCAGUCAACGGAAAGCUGAGUGCACCCCACAGCCGUGAGGCCCUGCUGCCCACCCCGGGCCCACUGGCUGGCACGGACGCCCACCUGCCCCUGCGGCUGGAGCCCCCACGGGCCCACGACCCCCUGGCCGACGUCAGCAACGACCUGGGCCACAGUGGCCGGGACUGUGAGCGUGGGGAAGCAGCCACCUCAGCCCAUACUGCACGCCUCAGCCUGCCCCUGCUGACGGACUGUGCCCAGCCCAGCAGGCCCCACGGCAGCUCCUUGCACGGCAAGUCCAAGAAGAAGAGCAAGAAGCACAAAGACAAGGAGAGGGCGGCUGAGGACAGGCGCCGGGUCCGGACCCCAGACCAUAUGCCAGGUCCCCUUGGAGCCCCACCAGUUGCCCCAGGUUUAAACGGGACCUGUAGCAGCUCAAGUGUCCCCACGUCCACCUCGGAGACGCCCGACUACUUGCUAAAAUAUGCCACCAUCUCCUCCUCGGAGCAGCGCCAGAGCUACAAGAACGACUUCAACGCCGAGUAUAGCGAGUACCGAGACCUGCACGCCCGCAUCGAGCAGAUCACGCGGCGCUUCACACAGCUCGACGCCCAGCUCCGGCAGCUCUCCCAGGGCUCCGAGGAGUACGAGACUACUCGUGGGCAGAUUUUGCAGGAAUAUAGAAAAAUCAAAAAGACCAACACCAACUACAGCCAGGAGAAGCACCGCUGUGAGUACCUGCACAGCAAGCUGGCCCACAUAAAGAGGCUCAUCGCCGAGUACGACCAGCGGCAGCUGCAGGCCUGGCCUUAGCCCGAGGCCACCGGGCAGGAGGUCCCAUCGGCCAGCCAGGCCAGCUGGCCUCACCCGGCUGACUGUUCUGAAUGGUGGGGGAGCUGGGGGCGAGGGGGAGCUGAAGAUGAGGAAAAAAGAGAUUUAUUUAAAAAAAUAAACAUGAGGAAGACACAUUCAUCUGAGCCAGAAGCGCCGGCUUUCCGGGGAGCCCCUGCCGCCCUGGUGCCCACAGGUCACACAGAUCCAGGUGGGGUAUCUGGCUCCCCCAGGCCCCACACCUCCUGAGCAGCCCCCCGGCCUAGGACGGGCUCCCCAAGGAGCCCACCUCCUCGCCAGCCCAAGGGGCAUCAACUUCCUGUCAGUGAAAGACUCCGAGGCCAGCCUGCCUGGCCUUUUCUAGUUUUAUACAAAGACAGCCACUUUUAGCUACUGCUUAUGAGACUUGAGUCUAUUUUUGUACAAAAGAGAAAGCAUCUUUUUUCUAAACCUGUGCCUCCCCUCCUUGGAUGUCCAGGGUCUAGACGCUGCCCUGUGUCCUUUCUACAGUAUUAACAGACGCCCUCAGAAAGUUCGGCGUCGUUCCUGCAAGCUCUGAGGAGAACCCAUGGUGGGGUGGGGGUGCCUCUCCCUGGCUGGUCUCCCGCGGACACCGCCUCUCCCUCCCAAGCAGAGGCUCUGCUCUAAGGGGGCGGGCAAGGCGACGCGACCCCUAUAGCUCUAUUUCGAAAACUCCAGUUGGCCUGGGAGCAGCUGCUGGGAGCCACCAGGCCCCCCUGCUAUUUCAGGCCCUCAGCUGUCCGGGGGUCACGGGGAGUUUUCUGUGCUUGUAGCUCAUGCUCUGCAGCAACAGUGUCAGAUGUUUUUUUUUUUUGAUCGUCUUCUCAAUUUUCCCCUUUGCUGCUGCUCUUCAUUUCGCACUGUUGAGACCCAGUGGUCUCCAUGCUGUUGACCUCGCUCCGCCCCUCAGCCCACUCAUGGGUCCUGGGGUCGUCUUUGCAGAGCCACUGCAGGGUUUGCACUCAGGGAGGGGCUAGGGGUUGGUGGAGCCGGGGGACCCCCAAGAGUGAGCUCAGAAAAGGCGCCUGAUCUAUCCACCCUGGGGACGCUGGCCUGCAGACACCCCAAUUGCUGCUUAGUCACUGUGCCUAGUCUGAUGUCCCCCAAAGUGUCAGGGGGAGGUGCGUGUGUUUGUGUGUGUGUGAGGGGCCCCGCCAGGGUGUACUGGGGUCUGAGGCGUGCGUUCAUGUGAAUUCAGGGCCACGUUCAGCGAAGCCACGACUGGGGAAGGUGGUAGAGGUGGUUGCGACCCACAGCCCAGGAGUCACAGAUGGGGAGGGGGGUUGCUUCCACCAACUGUAGUGAGGCAGGGAGAGCAGAACUGCUCACUCAGACACGUCUUUUUCUAAGCUGUGGGGGUGUCUCCUAAUUGCUUCCCAAAGAGCAGGCGCGCCCUGCAGUGUGCCCACCCACCCCAGAGUCUCCACGGGACCCCUGGGGUGCCUGGAGUGCCAAGGAAGCUCAUCCUUUAUGUUUCAAUAGCUGUUGUGUUGUUUUUCAUCUGGGGAAGGGCUGAGCAGACCCUGGAAGCCGAGUUCUGCAGACAGCCAUCUUGUACCCGGCUGGACCUGCAGACUUGGUGAAACGGGAUGGUUGUCGGAGGCCACACCGUGGAGGCCGACCUGCCUGCCCUCUGCCCCCGGAUCCAGUUCAAGGGACUCUCAGUUGAAUUUCCUUCUUCUUCUUGUUUUUUUGUUGUUGUUUUUCUCCUUUUAAGGAAUUUUGAAGCUAAGAAAUGUUUUGUGCUUUGGGGGUUGAUGGACAAAAGUUCUAGCUGAUUAAAUAUGGUCUAACUUAUUGAUACUGUGUUUUUUUUUUUCUUUUAAUAUUGUACUGUGGAGAAAAACUGUUUUGAGCCAUGGAGUUGGUGUUUACAAGAACUUUUCACUUUUGCCAAAAUGUUACAAUUGAAAGGCAUCUGCAUCUUUGGUUUCCUAGUAUUUUCUUAAAAGAUCUAGUGUCCUUUUUGUACACUAAACAGGUGAAUGCUGAUUUUUUUCAACCUACAAUAAAUUUCACUGAACUGAACCUAUCA